CGUGGGGUACCAGGGGGCGGAGCCAGCGGGCUGCUGCAGCUGUCCAUGGUCGCAUAGUGAGAGCCAGAGAGGGUCCGGGUACGUGCGAGAUGCGGCCAUAGUCACGCUGCACCGCCUCACAUCAGAACCCGUCCGGAUCGGUUUUCCUAUUGAGCAACAGAGCCGACUGAAAGCCUGUGAGGCAUCAUGGCUGAGCAGCAGAGGCAGCGCUCUCUGUCCACCGCCGGGGAGUCUCUCUACCACGUCCUGGGGGUCGACAAGGUGGCCACAUCGGACGACAUCAAGAGGUCCUACAGGAAACUGGCGCUAAAGUUUCACCCUGACAAGAACCCAGACAAUCCGGAGGCAUCGGAAAAAUUCAAAGAGAUAAACAACGCCCAUGCCAUCCUGAAUGACCCCACGAAGCGUAAUAUUUAUGAUAAAUAUGGCUCUCUGGGACUGUAUGUGGCUGAGCAGUUUGGGGAGGAGAACGUUAACACUUACUUUGUCCUUUCAAGCUGGUGGGCAAAGGCUCUGUUUGUAUUCUGUGGCCUGGCCACUGGAUGCUACUUCUGCUGCUGCCUGUGCUGCUGCUGUAACUGCUGCUGUGGACGAUGUAAACCUCGGCCUCGGGAGGGCCAGGAGCAGGACUUCUACGUGUCCCCGGAGGACCUGGAGGCUCAGCUGCAGUCUGACGAGAGAGAGGCUGCUGGGGAGCCAAUAGUGCUGCAGCCGUCGGCAACAGAGACGACUCAGCUAACAUCGGAUGGGCACUACUCCUACCACACUGACACCGGCUUCAACUAACCCCUCCGCUCCCGUCAGUCCCAGAACGGGAUCCUGCCUGCUUCCCUGCUCCACCUCCGUGAGAUGAAAGAAAAAGGCAAACCUAUCCUUCCACGUCAGAAGAGCCAUGCAGAGGAGAGUGGACUUGUCAGCAUGGCCUUUCAAAUGAACUAUUGAAGUCACAUCCACUCCCCUCCUUCCCUCCUCAUGCUUUCCCCUCGUGCAAGAAGGAAAGAGAAACAACCACACUGUUUCCCUUUGGGUUCUUCUUCUGCACUUUUACCACACAGGUCCCCGUCCCCUCCGUUUCCCAUCGUUUGCAUCAUGGUGUAGCAUGCACUGUGUCGAAAACAUUGUCCCUACAAUUUCUUUCUGCCUUGGCAAUAGUUUUACUUAUUAGCAAGACUCAUAACAAAUGUGCAGUGAUGUUAAAACGAGCACAGCUCACCAGGAGGAGGAGAAGGAGGUAAAGUUUACGAGAUAUUUUCUGCUGAAGGAGCGGAGAGCCGCGGCUCAUCAGGGAUGGUUGGAAACAUGCAGGAAGGUUCGGGCAGUCAGUGCCAUCAUUAAACGUUAGAGGACACGUUUGUCCCCACAUUUGCACUUUUCACUUCUAAUUUGAGAUCGAUUUUGUUUUCGGCACAAAGAGCUCUGACACUGUUUUCUGUUUGUCUCUUCUGUGUUCCUUCCUGAGUGGUUUGGAUCCAGUUUUGUUCGUGGAUAGGCGUUCAUAAAUACCAGUUUUGCUUCAUAUCCAUUGCUUUCUGCGCCUCACUGCAGCAGGUAUUGUGAUUAUUUUGAAGCAAACUCCUAUAGUGGAUUUGGUCCAUGUUACAUUAUAAAUCUCAUAUUUUCAUAUCAGCAGCUUAACAUUGACAUGAACUCUGGAUGCAACAAUUUGAAGGAAUCUCACACAAAACAAGUUUUUCUUUGUGGAGCUCAGGUUGAUUUAGUUUCACUUCAUCCAAGCUGCUUUUAUUUUUUUAUUAAAGCCAAGGAGCUUAACUUUGUCAAGCUGUGCAUAAUUCAAGCAAAUUUUAUUUUAUUUUUUGUGCAAUAAGCUCAGCUUUGCCAAGCUUCAUCUAAUUCAACCUGGUUUUCUUUUUUUCAUCUUGCAACAUUGAGGUUAACUUUAGGAUUCAUCGCAUUCAAACUGAUUUUAUUUUAUUUCAUUGGAUAAAGCCAAGGAGCUUAACUUUGUCAAACUGAAGAUAAUUCAAGCUGAUUUUAUUUUAUUUCUAUUUUUGCUCUAUUAAGCACAUAAUACUUAUUUUAAAAAAAUACUAUCCGGUAGUUUUUAUUUUAUUUUAGUUCAGUUUUACUGUGAAAUACUAACCUCAUUUUGUCAAACUUCAUCUCAUCCAAACUAUUUUUAGAUUUUUAUUUUAUUUUAUGUUAUAGUGUAAAUGUAAGUUUGGCUAUGUAAAGCUUCAUAGCCAAAUAAUAAAAAAAUAAAAUAAUAACACUAUUAUUUUAUUUUAGCUUAUCUUAUUUUAUUGUUAUUAUUCAACAAUAUCUCAGUUUUAUCUAAUUUUUAAUUGAUUUUAUUUAAGAUAAAAUAUUUAAAAUAAACUAAAUAUAAAUCUAAAUUAUUUUAUCAUGAUUAAAAUAAUUUAGUAUAUUUAAUUUAAAAUAAAUAUUUGAAAAUAAUUAUAAUUCAUUUUUCAAAUGUUGCAUUGAAAUAUUACAAUAUUAUUCUGUUGUAUUAUUUUAAUGCAGAAUUAAAAAUAAGUAAUUUUAGUAUUUUAUUUUAAUGCCAUAAAAUAUCUAUUUUAUUGGAUUAAGCUGCACCUAAUUCUGAUUAAUUUAGUUUAAUUUCAUUGUGCUGAUUUAAUCCAAGCAGCUCCAGUUUUUCCAGCUGCACUUCAUCCAUUGAUGGCAUCACAUGAUUUUCUUUUGUCUCUUUACACCAGACGUUGCUCGUCCCUCUCUUCCUGGGUGACACUGAGUUUAAAUCUGAUGAGCCUGAUAUUCUGUCCGAUGCUGUGAUCGUUCUUUAUUGUUGACUGUCUGAACCUGCGAAAAGCAUCUCUGAGAAAAAAAGCAAACAAACUUUUUCUCUUACUGCAUAUUUUACCACAUAUUAAUCUUUGCUACUUUUGCAGCUUCAUGACGACAACUGAUGUGUUUAAAUGGUUUACAAUUGGUGAACUCCCGUAGCCCACCCCUCUGCUAUUAAUGGUAUGGAUGUUGACCUCUGUGGCCCUCGUAUGAUGUUUCCUGUAACCCCUCGAUGCAACAUAGAUGUUCCUGUCAUGGCUUUUUCAUUAAGAUACUGAAAAACGCUACUGUAAAUGUUUUCAGCUGAAUGCACUGUGUGUCGAAAAAAAACUACAAUGGAUCAGGAAAUGACUCCAAAAAAAUAGUAUAUAGUGUAACUAUAGUGAAAUGGUUAUAUGAUGCAUUUUUGAAUUUUUUUUAUUUAUUUCAUAUUCUGUUAUGUUUUAAAGAAGGACUCCCAGUCAUUUUAAAUGGUAUGGUGUUGUAAUGUGACCAUUAAACCCAGUAAGGGAUGGUCUAAUGGUUGGAGCUGCCUGUACAUACACUCAGCCCAUAUGAAGUAUAAACAUUUAUGUUGUAGCAUGGUAACUGUGUGUCUGGAAGAAAACAAGUGGAUCAUUGAUCUGAUUUGCUGUUGUUGAAUAAAUGUUCCUCAACAUUUUGA